AUGAACUCGCCCCCAAACUCAUUCUCUCGUCAAUCCGACGAUUCUCCAUCCUCCAACCCCAGAAAUAGCGCCGGUAAAGAUCAGUCCCGCUAUAUGGUGCCCCCAUCUCCGGCGUCUUCGACGACAUCUCCUUUGGCUGUAGGCUCGGCCCACGAAGCGGCUCUUAUACAUAGCAUUGAGCAAGGCGAAUAUGCGACCGACGACGACGAAACACGAAGUCUGACCGACAGUAUACGACAACACAUUGUAGAGGGUGGUUUGCGAUACCAUAGCUACCAUGCAGGGAAAUACCUUUUCCCCAACGACGAGGCCGAGCAGGAUCGGGAGGAGCUCAAGCAUAAUUUGACUGUGUACCUUUGUGAUGACAGACUCUUCUUCGCGCCAAUUGAGCAACUAUUGGAACAAGGGGCAGAGGUGUUAGACCUCGGAACUGGCAUCGGAAAAUGGUGCAUUGACCGUGAGAUCCACCUCAAGAAACUUCAUACCAAGUCGGGAGUCUCAUUGCUGACCCGAAUAGUUGCCGAUAUAUACCCCAAAUCGCAAUUCCACGGCAUGGACCUUUCACCCAUACAGCCAGACUGGGUCCCAGAGAAUGCCAUCUUUGUUGUCGACGACAUAGAGCACGAAGCUGGCUGGACCUAUGGAGACGAGACAUUUGAUUACAUACACAUACGCCACACAGUUCAUUCUAUCAAAGACCGAGAAUUGCUCUGGGAACGAAUCUGGAAACACCUAAAACCAGGGGGCUAUGUCGAAAUCCAGGAGUUUAACUACAUCGCAGCUUGCGACGAUGACUCAUGCGACGGUCCAUAUGCUUGGAGGGACUAUUGCAAAUAUCUCUACGAAGGAAUGAUGGCCCUCGGCACAGAUCUGCACGGCAUUACUCACGUGGGACCUGAACUACAAGAAGCAGGCUUCGAAAACAUCACAACCAAAGCCUACAAGUGUCCACUUGGUCCGUGGGCAAAGAAGAAACGACUACAAGAGUGUGGUCAUGUUUUAAGAGAUGUCGUUAUGUUGUCUCUUCAUGGCCUAUCUCGAAAACCGCUUCGCGAUGGUCUUGGCUGGACGUUGCUCCAGAUCGAGAUGUUCCUCGUCGAAGUCCGAAAGUCAUUGACUCAGGAAGUUAACGGCUUACCCAAGUUCCAUACUUAUUUCCCUUACUUAAACAUUCACGCCCGGAAACCCCUGAACUCGCAAAGGCCGAUUAGGGAAGACGCGUGA